AUGGCCAGUUCCCCUCCAGCGCCCUUUGCCGCCAGCCUCCCCAACCCGAAAAAGAGACCGUCCGUGGGCUCCCAAGCAUCGGCCCAAGGCGUGCCUAAGCGACCAAAAUUACACCCGCUCCGACAAACGUCAUUCCCCGCUCAAGAUGCAAGUGGGCAUUACGGAUCCGCUGUUACCGGUGCUCGCUCCGAAACUGGCAGCGUAGCCAACAGUUUCGUAUCAGGUGUGAGCAGCAAAGUCGCCGGUAGAGGACGUGGGAGACCUAAGAAGUCUACUCAACUCAACGAUGAAGAUGUUCGCUCCACUCAUCAACUCCCAGCAGACUCAAGUAGUCAGGGUGACGGUGGAAGAACAUCGGGCCGUGGGACGAAAUCCGUAGUCAGUGCGAGGUCUGGCGCUGCUGAAGCGGAAGAAGAUGACGAAGGUGACAUUGAUGGCAUGCUGGAAAAUAUGGACGAGCAGGAACGACAACAGGCGGAAGAGGAGGAGACCAGACAAGAACAACGUCGAGAACGCUUGGCCGAUACCCUCGAUCCGGAUCAAUACUCUCGGUACAACCAGUGGCGAGCCUUGUCACUUAAUAAUACUACGGUAAAACGACUCGUCAAUUCCAUCGUAUCGCAGUCGGUCACCUCAGCUCCAUUGCAAGCAAUCAGAAUCUACGGGAAAUGGUUUGUGGGAGAAAUUGUGGAAAGAGCUCGUGGAGUACAAGUUGAAUGGGCCAAAGCCUACGAAGACACCAGAAAGGAGGAAAGACAGCGGCGAGAAAAAGAACUCGAGUCUUUGGAAGAGAAGCAGAAACAACCCAACCUCAACAACCAGCAAUCUCAAUCCAUCAAUAAAGACAUUGAACGAUUGAAGAGAGAGGUCAAAGAAUACAUUCCCAAUCCACAUCAAGGAGGAUUAUUGCCAGAUCACCUACGAGAAGCUUUGCGAAGAUACAAAGCCGAUGGUGAAGGUGGUGGAGUAGGUUUUCAGGGGAUGAGCCAUGGGUUAUUAGGUGUUCCAGGUCCAGCAGCCUGGCGUGUUGGUGAUGGCGCUUCAGGAAAACGACUUUUCAGAUGA